AUGCCUCUGAUGCCCACAUUGCAUGCCCUCCAUGAAUACAUGUUUCACCUGGGUUAUGGUCAAGGGACCUUAACAGAUAAUGCGAUAACACAGGAUUAUCCUUUGAAUCCUUCCCUUCCAACACCCAGCCCUACAUCCCUUUCAACACCCAGCCCUACUGCAAUGCUCCCCCUGAUGCAUCCACCCUUCCCCCAGGGAAUUGAUCCGUGCUGCCUCCUUCCCACUCCAGUGUCCACCCCCGCUUUUGAUCCGUGCUGCCUCCUUCCCACUCCAGCAUCCACCCCCGCUUCUCUGCACUCUCAUUCUGUCGCAUCUGAAACGUCAGUUGUAGCAGACAGUGGAAUGACACAAGAGAAUCUCCCAGUAACAUCUACAGCUCGCCGAAGACCACGCUGUAACACCGAGGUUGAUAACAAUUUAUACUAUCCCCCAAAAAAACUUUGUAUCACCACUGACAUCCAUCAAAGUACUCUUGCUACAGGAGGGGAGCCCCCUGGGCCUGGGUUUGACCCCAAUCUACCACAUGUUCCUGACAAUUGUAACCAUGGUGCAAGUUGGUUAAAAAUAUGGGCAGCUCGAGCAACAGCUCAUGCUGUAGCUAUGAAGGAUGUUUUGCACCCUGGAGAGGAAGAAGAGGAAUGGGAGGCGGAUGAAAAGGAAUCAGGGGUGGAUCAGAUGGAGGCAGAGGAAGAGGGGGAAGUGCAUGAUGCUGGUGACUCAGAGCAAGCCAUCAGUGGUCCUCAAACUCAACUAUGA